AUGCAAAAUGAACGUAAACAAGUAUUCGAACAACAACAACAACAGCAAAAGUCGUAUGUCAGUGCGCUUGUUGAUGUUACGGUGCAAGUAAUUGCUUCUAUUUGGCCCAACUCUAUCAGCUCAGCAUCGACAGUGAGUGGCAAUAAACCCAUUGCGGAUUUAAACACAUUUUUGCAUCAUAUUCUGAAACAUUCCCGUACGACGCAUUCUACAUUACAACUUGCGAUAUUUUACCUGUUUCGUAUUCGAUCUCGAGUGCAAGAGAAACGUAACGAGGAUGUGUAUAUUUCGUGUGGUCGACGCAUGUUUCUUGCCUCUUUAAUUGCGGCUCAUAAAUACCUUCAAGAUAAAACCUAUAAAAAUUCUGCUUGGAGUAAAGUGAGCGGAUUGAACGUACAAGAAAUUAAUCAUGCAGAAAAAGUCAUGUUACAAUUAUUGGAUUAUCGUCUCUAUGUAAAGAAGGACACUUACGAUCAAUGGAUACUCAUGCUUCAAACACAUCUCAAGGUCGCUCCUUCCAAUUACCAUCCGGUUGUCCUUCCUACACCCACCACUCAAAAACCUCAACUCACUUUAUUAAAAGCUCAACAAAGUCUUCCUUCUCCUCCCCUUGAAGAUGUCUGGAUGCCUACUCCCGUCAAGCGAAAAAAUCCAUCUCUUCAUGACAACGAGGAAAGGUUACCCAAGAGACGAUGUUAG